CCCUCUCUAGACCCACACAUCUAUAGUUUUGCCUCUGAAGUCUAAACCCUUGUACAAUGAACUAGACCAAGACCCCCUUUUACUCCUCAACAACAGCUGCUGGUAUAUCUAUCUAAAUCCAAGGUCCUAUAAAAUUAGGGUUUCUCUUUCCCUCCAACUGUCUCUCUCUGGUAUCUCUUCUCUCUCUGCCGAGAUCUGAUACUGUCUGCUGAUGCAAUAGACGACAAAGUUUAUGCCCAUCAUGGAAACUGAUAAUGCUAAUGUUAAGCAAGCUGAAGAUGCUAAACUCCUUGCCAAUGAAGCAUAUAAAGCUCAUAAGUUUGCUCAAGCUAUUGAUCUGUAUACACAAGCGAUUGAAUUAAACAGUCAGAAUGCUGUAUACUGGGCCAAUCGUUCAAUUGCCCACCUUAAACUGGAGGAAUAUGGUAGCGCCAUACAAGAUGCUUCCAAGGCUAUUGAAGUUGAUCCCAAAUAUUCAAAGGGAUACUAUAGGCGAGGUGCAGCUUAUCUUGCUAUGGGGAAAUUUAAAGAAGCGUUAAAGGAUUUUCAGCAGGUCAAAAGAAUCUGUCCAAAUGAUCCUGAUGCUACCAAGAAAUUGAAGGAAUGUGAGAAAGCAGUGAUGAAACUUAAAUUUGCUGAAGCAAUAUCUGUACCGGAGGCUGAAAGGCGUCCUGUAGCUGAUUCUAUUAAUUAUCAUUCUAUAGGAAUGGCCCCCAGUAUGUCACCAGACUACUACAUAGCAGCAAUUGGACUAGGAGUUGUGGCAGCAUUGGUUAUGUUCAGAGCAGAAGUGACUGCAGUUGUGGCCACAAUAGUGGUGGUGAUCAUGGUGGCCCUAGGGGCACGUUGGUGGCGUGGCUUUCGUGGAAGUCGAGUAAAUAACCUAGAUGUGGAGCCACAAUAUGGUGGUGCAAGGAUAGAAGGGGACGUUGUUACUUUGGAUUUUGUGAAGAAAAUGAUGGAGGAUUUCAAGAAUCAGAAGAAUUUACACCAACGAUAUGCGUUCCAAAUUGUUUUACAGACGAAAGAAAUGUUGCAAGCCAUGCCUUCUCUGGUCGAUAUAAACAUUCCUGAGGGCAAACAUUUUACUGUUUGUGGUGACGUACAUGGUCAGUUCUAUGAUCUUCUAAAUAUUUUUGAGCUUAACGGGCUUCCUUCAGAUGAGAAUCCAUAUCUAUUCAAUGGAGACUUUGUGGACAGGGGAUCUUUUUCUUUGGAGGUGAUCCUAACGUUGUUUGCAUUUAAGUGCAUGUCUCCAUCAGCUAUAUAUCUCGCAAGAGGAAACCAUGAGAGCAAGAGCAUGAAUAGGAUAUAUGGUUUUGAGGGCGAAGUCCAGUCCAAAUUAAGUGAAAAGUUUGUGGAGCUGUUUGCUGAAGUGUUUUGUUGUCUACCGCUGGCUCAUGUGAUCAAUGGGAAGGUUUUUGUAGUCCAUGGGGGUCUUUUCAGUGUUGAUGGAGUGAAACUCAGUGACAUUAGAGCAAUUAAUCGGUUUUGUGAACCUCCUGAGGAAGGGUUAAUGUGUGAAUUGCUGUGGAGUGAUCCACAACCUGCACCUGGAAGGGGGCCAAGCAAACGAGGCGUAGGUCUUUCUUUUGGUGGUGAUGUGACAAAAAGAUUUUUGCAGGAAAACAAUUUAGAUUUAGUUGUGCGAUCUCAUGAAGUAAAGGACGAGGGUUAUGAGAUUGAGCAUGAUGGCAAACUCAUCACUGUUUUUUCUGCUCCAAAUUACUGUGAUCAGAUGGGUAACAAGGGUGCCUUUAUCCGUUUCGAAUCACCAGAUUUGAAGCCUAACAUUGUUACUUUCUCAGCAGUGGCACAUCCUGACGUCAAGCCAAUGGCAUAUGCAAACAACUUCCUCCGAAUGUUUCAGUAAUUAUGUCCAAGUGGAAGUGCCAACACGGUGUGUCUUUUGCUAUCUGACAACUCUCCGGUUGAAUACAACUUUGCCUCAGAAGGCUCUACUGGAGAAGGGGUUGGUGCAUGUUCCCGAAUGCAGUAUCUUGUUGUGAUUACUUUCCGUAGACAUGGUUUCUUCCAUUUUACCUGUCAUUCUUGUGCUUGUCACCGCUAGGGCGAGAAUAUUUCAUCCAUUUUCUUUGAAAUCGUUUGUGUUCUUGUGCUUGCUCUCGGAAGCCAGGUUUAGGGACGAAAUUCAUAACCGUAUGAAGAAUGACUGCCGGCUAAAGUUCAUGGUGUUUUCGCCGUAUGAAGAAUGACUGCCAGCUGAAGUUCAUAGCGUCAUCCUGCCCGAGCGGAAAUACUUGCCUAUCCUUAUUUGUCUAUCUCUCUCGUCACAUAACUUCCUCUCUCGUAUGAGAUUUAGAUGCGAAUGUGACUUGUAUAUACCAGUAAUUUCUUUGACAUCAAAUGAUACUUCCAGUUGUGUUGAAAUUCACAAAUAGUCCAUGCAAAGAGAGGAGUUGAAACAAA